AUGUUAAACACUGUGGAAGAAACUCCUGUAAAGCAAGAUUUAGGUAGGAAACAGAAGUUAAGAGAUGCGAUUCUUCUAAGUACUCCUGGAUGGCUAAAUGCAGAGGCUUCGAGUCCAGUCAAAGCAGGUAAUGAUGCUCAGAAGGUUCGAUUAUACUUGAAAGAGCUGAGCUCUGCUCUUUUGAAUAGUGGAAAAGUCAGCAGUAGUAUGCAGGUGUUGGUUGAUGAAAAGUCUUUUGUUGAGGAAGAGAGAAAGAGAUCGAACUCAAGAAGCGUCGAGCGGGAGUGGAGGGGUCUAAAUCUGUCACAGGAAGUCUUUUCUGGGCUUGGGGAGUAUGGUGGGCGAAAACUGAGGCGACUCAAUAUUUCGGUGCCCAUUGAGAUUCGCAGCGAUGAGGAAAUGGAUGAUGGGGAUAUAUCAAUUGGAUCCAUUGUUGCUGAAGUUUCCGAUGUUGUUGAUGAUUUAUCUGCGGUUGGUGAUCUUUCCAGUCCGAUAAAUGGAUAUCGAGGAGAGGAUCUCGAGGAGUUUGAGGAAAUUGAGGAUAAUAUGCCAAGUUCUGCUCCAAUGCUGUCCGCGAAGAGUCUUCGGGCUUUGGUUACCUCUAUUGUUAACGAAGGAAAUUAUGCCAUGCCGCCUGAGGCGGUUAAGAGACUGCGAAAGCUUUCAGGUGUGCUUGCGCGGUCUGUAGCAGAGGAUAUCCAUGCGACCUGCAGCGAGAGUGGCUCGAAAGUAAUCGAUAGAGCGGUGUUGCUUCGCGUGUUUGAUAAGUAUGGUAUUAUCAAUGAGGAUGAUGUUACGAACCAGGACCUAUUUGGUCUUUGCCAGCGUUACCUCCCGGUAGAGGCUCUAAAUUCGCUAGAAUUACAUCUUUUCCAAGGCUAA